AUGACUUUUGUCAAUCAGGCAUUCUAUCGUCUUAUCCGAAUUGUUUAUUUUCAAAAUAGACGACUUCAAUCUUUUAAAUUAUAUACAAUUUUACCAAUUAUAGAAAUAAUUAUAUCGUCUAUUCUUUUAUGUGUUCUUAUACCUUUGAAUGGUGUAACAUAUUUACCAAAUGAUUACUUUUGCUAUGCAACAUUCACAAAUAUUCCUUGUAUUCUUUGCGUAGCAUUUGUUAUUUAUAUAAUUCCAUUCUGUUGUUUAUUAGUUAUUUAUAUACAUAUAACUAGAUUUAUUCGUCAACAAGGAAAUAUUCAAACAUUAGUUGUCAAACAACGACAAGCUCGAGAUUUACUUAUUAUUCGACGUAUUUUAAUUAUUGUUAUUAUAUUACUUAUUCUUGGAAUACCAGCAUUAAUUCUUAUAUUCAUGUUUAUUAUAACAGGUGAAGAAUAUCCAUUAUUGGCUCGAAUUGCAUUUUUUCCAGUUAGCGCAUCUCAAGCAGGAUUGAGUGUAGCAUUACUUUUUUCUAUUCCACAAUUGAAAAAUAUUGUUCUAAAACUACGAACAACAAGCAUAGUGAUGCCUGCCAAUCGGGUCACGCAAGGUGAAGUACAUAUAAGAACAAUUACUCGUACUCAAUAA